GAAAUAGAUUCUAAUAGUACUGUUGAAUUAUCAGGAAAUAGUGAUAUAGAAAGUACUAUUAUAUUUGAAAAUCCAAUUCAAUCUAUAGAUAAAGAAUUAUUAUCUGAUAUUCAACUUAAAGAUUAUUUUGAAUAA